CAACUCCUUACUCCCACUGGUACUUAACAUGAACAUCAUAGAAACAUUGUUCGGUCGUACUGUGACCCCAGCUGAAAGGCUUCGCCAACACCAACGUUCCCUCGCCAAAGCUCAACGGGAACUUGAUCGAGAGCGAACGAAGCUAGAACAAAGCGAGAAGAAACUAAUCAUGGAUAUCAAGAAAAGUGCAAAAUCCGGGCAAAUGAAUGCUUGCAAAGUCAUGGCUAAAGAUCUCGUCAGAACAAGACGCUACAUUCAGAAGUUCUAUCAAAUGCGUACGCAGCUUCAAGCUGUCGGUCUCAGGAUACAGACAUUACGCAGUAAUCAGCAGAUGGCUGAUGCGAUGAGAGGGGCAACAAGGGCAAUGGCUUCAAUGAACCGGGGUCUGAAUCUGCCUGCUAUUCAGAGGAUAAUGAACGAAUUUGAGAAGGAGAGUUCAAUGAUGGAUAUGAAAGAGGAGAUGAUGUCGGAUGCUGUGGAUGAUGUGAUGAACGAAGCAGAAGAUGACGAGGAAGAGGAGGGAGACAAAAUACUGAAACAGGUCUUGGAUGAGAUUGGGGUUGAUUUAUCACAACAGUUGACUGACGCACCGACCGGGACGGCGUUAGCAUCACCAAUGACAGCGAGUCGACAACCAGUUGCGCUGGGUUUGGGUGAAACUAGCGGAACCUCAAGGGGUGAUGAGAAGAAUGGAGGAGACCCUUCGGCGGGUGGCGGUGGGGGGGCUGCACUAUCCGAUGAAGAUGCUUUGCAGGCACGUCUGGACGCUUUACGGCGAGGAUAGAAUUUUUCCGAGAUAUAGCAUUAUGGGAUUGUAAGAUAUCAACUCAUCGAUAUGAUAUUUAGGACAUUCAAAUUUUUAGGGCCGAGAUGGUCCGAGCUUCCUGUGCAGUCAACUUCCAAGAAAUACCCGACCCGUUGUAAAAUUCGUCCACGUCUUCUUCCUAAAAUUUCUUUAACAGCGUCGACAUUUGCUGUAGGCGAACAAAUUUUUCGCGUGCAUCCCCAAAAACAUUAUGAGGAGAAAGAUAGGUUAUUAUCGCACGUAAAUCACGAUCGAAGCGAAUCGCCCCAAGCUAUAAAACGCUGAACAUAGGCUCCAAAUCACCAGCGUUGUCCGUACCUCGGUGAACUUGAAGCCCAACAUGAACUUUUCCCAAGGCCGAAGAACGACGUCCAAUAGGAGCACAAAGAAGAUCCGAAAAUUACUCUCCGAGAGCAUGUCCUAAAUAUGUAGCAUUGUAAUGAGAACCUGGAAACAGAGAUGUACUUACCCUAUAUCCCUCAGUUAACUGUUCCCAUCUCUUCACGAAACGUUUUCGGACCAAGUCGUGAUACUCCGCAUUUGAGUAUCCGUCAUCAUCCAAGACAUACGAUACAUCCUUGUAAACUUCAUUGAUAAAUGUUUUCAAUUUCGGCCGAACCAGUUGGUUGAACAGCUGUUCU